AUGACCAACCAAUACAUAUCCAAAGAGCAUGUCAAGAACAUGUGGUUCCUUCCUCUUCUUUCCCACUCAUCUUUCAAGCCACUAAAAAUGCGGUCGGUAGAUACGCGGAUCUCAUUGGACGGCGUGAAUUGGAUUCGGGUCAAUGCGGAACACUCUCUGGUGGAACUCCUUCGAAAGACCAAGGGGCAAAGUUGUUUCUUCGAAAAAUUUGAGUAG